GGUGUAAACAAACCGUCACCAAACAACACUUUGUCAGAAACAACAGGCCCACAGCGGGAGUUGACAUCGGGUCUUAGCGAAUUGCUCCACCAAGAACGAGUUGGCCAACAUCCAGACAUCAACCUCGUCAAUAAAUCCCAAGCUUUACAGGUACUACUUGUUCUCUUGACUUCUCAUCACCACCAAUUCCAGUAUCUCAAGAGACCCAACAGCAGCAGCAACAAUGGCGGCCGCAAAGAACGGACAGGGAAUGCUCUACGUGACAAUGCAGCCCCAGGAGGGCCUCUCGCUCGAUCAGUUCCACGAAUGGUACAACAACGAGCACGGCCCUACCCGUCUGCGUCUUCCCCAGAUCUUCUCCAACGGCCUGCGUUACCAGGCCACCGACGGCCAACAGCCGCACUUUCUGGCCGCCUACGACGUGACCGACAUGGCUCACCUCCUGACGCCCACCUACCUCGAUCUGCGCGCCAAUCGGUCCCCCCGCGAGGCCGAGACCAUCGGGCAGGUCAAGGUCGACCGUUUCUUCUUCGAUCUCAUCUGGACCCAGGAAGCCCCGUCCUUCAAGCCGGCCGAGCAGUGCACUGACGCCGAAGCAGAGGGCCGCGUCCUGGUGGCUGUCGACGUCUCGCUCAACCUGACCCAAGAGCCUGACGCCGCCGAAAAGGUCAUCCAGUGGUACCAGGAGGAACACAUCCCCAUGCUGUCCAAGAUCCCCGGCUGGCUGCGCAGUCGCGUUUUGCGCACGCCUUCAUCCAUCGAGGGAGGUUCCAACGCCGGUGAAACCAAAAUCAUCACCCUGCACGAAUACGCCGCCGAAAACGGCCUCGGCGGCCCCGAGCACAAGGCCUCCAUGGACACGCCCUGGCGCACCGAGGUGUUCAACAAGUACAUCACCACCAAAGGCCGCAGGACGUACUCGCUCUUCUACGUCUUUGGUCCCGCGCCCCGCGACCUGCAGCACCUCUCUGCCUUACCCGCCUCGGCCGCCUUUUCCGCUGUUUCCCCGCGCCUCACGACCACCCCUGGCACCAGCCCUGACGGCCCCAUUAUCAAUAGCUACAUCACCACCCCGCACGACGGCCUGAUUAUCCCGUACCAGUUAGAAGGCAACCCCUCCCCUUCUGCCCCCGUCAUCGCCUUUUCCAACUCCCUCCUUACUUCUCUACACAUGUGGGAUCCCCUAGUGAAGAUCCUCAAGACGUCUCGACCUGACUUGCGUAUCCUCCGGUACGAUACGCGCGGUCGACACUCGAUUCCGUCUCCCCCUCAACCAGCAACUCUAGACCUCUUAGCAGAUGACCUUGCUUCUCUUCUCGAUGCUCUUCGCAUCGAUAAGCUGCAGACUCUGGUAGGCGUAAGCAUGGGCGGCGCCACGACGCUCAACUUUGCUAUUCGUCACCCUUCUCGCUUGCAAAAGUUCGUGGCGUGCGACUUUAAUGCUGCGAGCUCCGAAGCCAAUACCCAAGCGUGGAAGGAUCGGAUUGCCGUUGCUGAAGCUGAUGAGGGUAGAGGACUGAGGGACCAGUUGGCGGGGGUUACGGUGGAGAGGUGGUUCCAUCCGAAUACGAUGGAGAAGAAGAAGGAGGUGGUGCAGUGGAUGACGGAGAUGGUGGCGGGGAAUAGUGUAGAGGGGUUCAGGUGGAGUUGUCAGGCUUUGUGGGGGUAUGAUUUGCGAGAGAAGAUGAGGGAAGUCCAAGGGGUGGAGGGAUUGUUUGUGGUGGGGGAGGGGGAUGGGAAGGGGGCUUUGGUGAAGGCUAUGGAUGGGUUUAGGGGUCUAUUGGGGGAGAAGGGGGGUGAGUUGAAGGUGGUGAAGGAGGCGGGACAUUUGCCGAUGUGUGAGUGCCCGGAGGGGUUUUGGGAGGUUGUGAAGGAUUUUAUUUGAGGGCGGACCGAGAGUUCAGUUCUGUAUGAUACGUAAUGAAAUGAGAGGUUUUGGUUCUUUGGUGUUGAAUUUCAUGGAUGUACGAUUUGUUGUUUGUUUUUGUUCAGGUGGGAGGGAGUUCUAUGCGUGGACACGGUGGGUAGAUGCGCCGAGAAUUUUUUUUUUUUUUCUUUUUUUUUGGUAGGUC